UGGGAGGGGAACUUUUUGACACACGGGUAAACAAACAAGCAAAAAACAAGCGUGGCCGGUAAAAAUAAGAUCUCAAAGCAGCAAUUGAAGCAAUUCCAUACAAAUUUUGAUAGAAUUUCUCACAAAUAUGUCCGAAUCAACACCGGCGGGACCGUCUUCUUCAAAAUCAGCGACUGCCUCGGCCAAUGCGACGAAAGUCGAGCCGAGUAUUAAAACUCAGCCCGUGUGCUUGAUCGUCCUGGGCAUGGCAGGGUCAGGCAAGACGUCUUUGGUGCAGAGAUUGACCUCGGAUCUGAACAUUUUGAAUAAACCAGCCUACGUGAUUAAUCUGGAUCCAGCCUGCCAUGAAGUUCCCUACCCUGCCAACAUUGACAUUAGGGACGCAGUGAAGUACAAAGAAGUCAUGAAGCAGUACGGGUUGGGUCCCAACGGUGGCAUUGUCACCUCUCUCAAUUUGUUUUCGACUAAAUUCCAGCAAGUCAUCUCUCUGCUAGACCAAAGAUCGGAGCAGUUUGAAUUGGCAAUCAUUGACACUCCAGGUCAGAUUGAGGUUUUCACGUGGUCUGCGUCCGGCACCAUUAUCACAGAAACCUUGGCCUCAACUUUUCCUACAGUAGUAAUUUACGUCAUGGACACUGUUCGAAGCUCAAAUCCUGUGACCUUCAUGUCCAACAUGCUGUACGCCUGUUCCAUCCUGUACAAAACCAAAUUGCCUUUCAUUGUAGCACUAAAUAAGAUCGAUGUUGUGGACCAUCAGUUUGCUGUGGAAUGGAUGUCAGAUUUUGAAGUCUUCCAGGAUGCACUUGAGUCUGAAACUUCUUACAUCUCAACCCUCACCAGAAGCAUGUCACUCGCGUUAGACGAAUUUUAUCAAAAUUUGAAAAGUGUUGGAGUGUCUGCUGUAACUGGUGAAGGAAUCGGCAAUCUCCUGGCAGCAGUCAAAGAAGCAGCCAUUGAAUUUGAGAAAGACUACAGAGUUGAUCUUAACAAAGCAAUCAAAGAUAAAGUGACCAGCGAGGCCUCGAAGAAAGAUGAGAAACUAAAGGAGGCAAUGAAGGCUAAAGGUAAAGGCACACAAGUACCUAUGGUUUCGAUUUUGGAUGCAUCUCAUGGAUUGGCUGACAUUUACUUGAGGCAUCCUGGAGACGAAAGCAGCGAAGACGAAGAGGGUACGGAAGCCACAAAGGAUGACGAAAGCGAUGAUGAUCCCGAGGAUGUGAAAGCAUUUCAAACAAUGAUGGGUAUCGUAAAAAGUCAAAAAUCGUCAGUAGACAAGAAACUGCAAGCCCUUGUGAAUCUUCCUUCGACAAAACCAAAAUGAAUGUAAACGUUUCAAUUAAAAUAAUUUUUCAGCAAAUUAUAAUUAUUUACUAAUUUAAUU